UGAAAAGAGGAAUUUCUUUGCAUCUACAGUACUUGUGGUUAUAAAACACCCAAAAGGGCAAAACAAUUUUCAUAAGUGUAGAAGUUAAGGAUUUUUUUAAAAGAUAAAUAAAACAUAAAUCAAAUUCAAACCACUCAAUCAAAAUUGAAAAUUUUCCCUUAGUUUUACCGCAAUGUCAAUGCGAAGACGAACCUUGCUCAAGGUCAUUGUUCUCGGCGACAGCGGGGUGGGCAAGACGUCGUUGAUGAAUCAAUAUGUUCAUAAGAAGUUCAGUCAGCAAUAUAAAGCAACAAUUGGUGCUGAUUUUGUCACUAAGGAACUACAGAUUGAUGAUCGCCUUGUCACUCUGCAGAUAUGGGAUACUGCAGGACAGGAGCGAUUCCAGAGUCUCGGAGUUGCCUUUUAUAGGGGUGCAGAUUGCUGUGUCCUAGUUUACGAUGUUAAUGUUAUGAAAUCAUUCGACACCCUUGAUAACUGGCAUGAUGAGUUUCUUAAGCAGGCAAAUCCAACUGAUCCCAGGACGUUUCCCUUUGCGUUGCUUGGAAACAAGAUAGAUGUAGAUGGCGGUAAUAGUCGAGUGGUCUCCGAGAAGAAAGCAAAAGACUGGUGUGCUUCUAAAGGAAACAUGCAUUACUUUGAAACAUCAGCAAAAGAAGAUAUCAAUGUUGAUGCUGCAUUCCUUUGUAUUGCCAAAAAUGCUCUAGCAAAUGAGCGAGAGCAGGACAUAUACUUCCAGGGCAUACCAGAGGCUGUGACCGAGACCGAACAAAGUGGUGGUUGUGCAUGUUGAUUACAAAUCAAAAUCUUUUUUGUUCAUGGUUGUCCGAUGCGGUCUAAUCAUUAUGUUAUGGUUCCAUGAUUCUUAUCCAUUUUUUUUAAUACAUUGUAUUUUCUAAGUGGCCUUGACUGGAGGGGGGCAUUAUUUGCCACUUGUUUUAUUUUGGUAGGGAGGAACUUUAAGAUGUGAAAUUUGUAGAAUUCCAGGAGAGUUUGCUUUUAGUGUUAUCUU